UUAGCUAUAUAUUAUGAAAUUGGGGAAGGAAUAGAAAAGAAUUUUAAAAAAGCCUUUCAUUGGUAUAAAAAGGCAGCAGAAAAUGGUCAUAUUAAAGCAAUGAAUAGUUUAGCUAUAUAUUAUGAAAAUGGAGAAGGAACAGAAAAGAAUUUAAAAAAAGCCAUUCGUUGGUAUAAAAAAGCAGCAGAAAAUGGUAUUGAAGAAGCAAUGUUUAAUCUAGCCAUAUGUUAUGAAAUUGGAGAAGGAACAGAAAAGAAUCUAGGAAAAGCCCUUUAUUGGUACCAAAAAGCAGCAGAAAAUGGUGAUAAAGAAGCAAUGAAUAGUUUAGGCAUAUCUAUAUGUUAUGAAAAUGGAAAAGGAACAGAAAAAAAUUUAGAAAAAACCUUUAAUUGGUACCAAAAAGCAGCAGAAAAUGGUCAUAUUAAAGCAAUGAAUAGUUUAGCUAUAUGUUAUGAAAUUGGAGAAGGAACAGAAAAAAUUUUAGAAAAAGCUUUUUAUUGGUAUCAAAAAGCAGCAGAAAAUGGUGUUAAAGAAGCAAUGUUUAAUCUAGCCAUAUGUUAUGGAAAUGGAGAAGGAACAGAAAAGAAUUUAGAAAAAGCCCUUUAUUGGUAUCAAAAAGCAGCAGAAAAAAAUUAUAUUGAAGCAAUGUAUACUUUAGCUAUAUGUUAUGAACUUGGAGAAGGUACUGAAAGAAAUUUAGAAAAAGUCUUUUAUUGGUAUCAAAAAGCAGCAGAAGAAGAUCACAUUGGAGCAAUGUUUAAUUUAGCUGUAUGUUAUAAAAAUGGAGAGGGAACAGAAAAGAAUUUAGAAAAAGCAUUUUGUUGGUAUCAAAAAGCAGCAGAAAAUAAUGAUAAAGAAGCAAUGAAUAGUUUGGCUGUAUGUUAUAAAAAUAGAGAAGGAACAGAAAAGAAUUUAGAAAAAGCAUUUUAUUGGUAUCAAAAAGCAGCGAAAAACGAUGACAAAGAAGCAAUGAAUAGUUUAGCCAUAUGUUAUAAAAAUGGAGAAGGAACAGAAAGGAAUUUAGAAGAAGCAUUUUAUUGGUACCAAAAAGCAGCAGAAAAUGGUGGUAAAGAAGCAAUGAAUAGUUUAGGUAUAUGUUAUAAAAAUGGAGAAGGAACAGAAAAGAAUUUAAAAGAAGCAUUUUAUUGGUAUCAACAAGCAGCAGAAUAUGGUUAUACUGAAGCAAUGAUUAAUUUGGCCAAUAGUUACAAUAAUGGAGAAGGAAUAGAAAAGAAUUUUGAAAAGGCUUUUUAUUGGCAUCAAAAAGCUGCA